GCUCUUGGCCAAGCCAGGCUAGCCUAGAGGUGGGCAUGUGGGCCCCGCCUGUCAGCGUGGGGCCUACUGGCUGCCUCCUGGGAGGCUGAGUAUGGGGGCACAUGUGACCCAGUGCCUGGUUCGGGUUUGUGGAUGUGGGAGAGGAGGUGAGCUGGGGAGCAGGAAGUGUGUGUGGCGUGGGCGGCCCAUGUGGUCAGGGCCAUUCCAGGGCCUGGGUCUGCCGAAGCGUGUGUCACCGCUGAGGUUUGGGAGUCAGGCUGAGCUCCAGCAGCACUCCUUGACCUCCGACGUCAGGUCAAGUCUUUUUUCGGGGUCCUGCUAUGAAAGGGUUCCUGGGAAGGGCUGACACGGGCUUUCCUGGUUGUCAAGGGGGCGGAGAGAGUAGGCCGACAGUAAGACUCGCCCUCCAAGACCCCGCAUAGGUCUCUGAGGAGUGCAGAGCCGGAGGGCCAUUUCCAACGAGCCUCAGAGGGAGCUGGUCUGUCCUGGCCCUGCCAUUACUCACUGGAUUCUGUCUGUUUCAGAUUCUUAGGGGAACCAUCUUCAAUAGGAACUGGGCUGAGUGAGUACAGUACCUUAUCCACGGCCAGAAUCAUCAGGAAGUGAUGUGACAGGAGUGUUCACUUCUAUUUGUUCUGAAUUCAGAUCUGCUUUGCCACAGCAUGGAGGCAGAAGAUCUUUCAAAGGCUGAAGACAGAAAUGAAGAUCCAGGUUCCAAAAGUGAAGGGCAGCUUGCUGCUGUGCAGCCUGAUGUCCCACGUGGAGGGCAGUCCCCUGGCCCCACAGCUCUCUGGGACAUGCUGGAAAGGAAGUUUCUGGAAUACCAGCAAUUGACUCACAAGAGCCCCACUGAGCGUCAGAAGAGCCUGUUGAGUCUUCUCCCCCUGUUCCUGAAGGCUUGGGAACACUCCGUGGGGAUCAUCUGCUUUCCCAGUCUCCAGAGGCUGGCUGAAGAUGUGUCUGACCAGCUUGCCCAGCAACUCCAGAAGGCCCUUGUUGGGAAGCCUGCGGAGCAAGCUCGAUUGGCAGCUGGACAGUUGCUGUGGUGGAAGGGGGACAUGGAUCAGGAUGGCCACUUGCUCCUGAAGUCAGUGUACGUGCUCACGGGGACAGACUCGGAGACGCUGGGCAGGGUUGCUGAGUCUGGGCUUCCAGCUCUGCUCCUACAGUGCCUUUACCUCUUCUUUGUCUUUCCUCUGGACAAAGACGAGCUUUUUGAGAGUGAUCUUCAAGUUCAAAGGAUGUUCGUGCAGAUGUUGCUCAAUAUUUGCAGUGACUCUCAGGGCCUGGAGGGACUCCUCUCAGGAAGUGAGCUGCAGUCUCUGCUGAUUGCCACGACCUGCCUUCGGGAGCACAGCUGCUGCUUCUGGAAGGAACCCACCUUCUGCGUGCUAAGGGCAAUCUCCAAGGCCCAGAACCUCAGCAUCAUCCAGUACCUGCAGGCGACAGACUGUGUCAGGCUGUCCCUCCAGAACCUCUCCAGGCUCACGGACACUCUCCCCGCCCCUGAGGUGAGCGAGGCUGUAAGCCUGAUCCUGGGAUUUGUGAAGGACUCCUACCCCGUCUCCUCGGCUCUGUUCCUGGAGUUUGAGAAUUCAGAGGGCUAUCCUCUGCUGCUCAAAGUGUUACUUCGGUAUGAUGGGCUGACCCAGAGCGAAGUGGACCCGCAGCUGGAGGAGCUCCUUGGGCUGGUGGUGUGGCUGACGACCUGCGGCAGGUCAGAGCUGAAGGUGUUUGACAGCGUCACCUACCCUCAGCUUGAAGGCUUCAAAUUUCAUCACGAGGCAUCUGGGGUGACUGUUAAGAAUCUUCAGGCCUUCCAGGUCCUACAGAAUGUUUUCCACAAAGCCAGUGACUCUGUCCUCUGCAUACAAGUCUUAUCGGCCAUCAGGACCAUGUGGGCCUGGAAUGCUCGAAACUUCUUCCUGCUGGAGUGGACCCUGCAGCCCAUCUCGCAGUUUGUAGAGAUCAUGCCCCUGAAGCCGGCCCCAGUGCAGGCACACUUCUUCCAGCUCCUAGAGGCCCUGGUGUUCGAGCUGCACUACGUGCCUCAUGAGAUUCUGCGAAAGGUGCAGCAUCUGAUCAAGGAGAGCCCUGGGCCGUCCUGCACUCUCAUGGCCCUGCAGAGCAUCCUCAGCAUUGCUGGUGGGGACCCGCUCUUCACUGACAUCUUCCGGGACUCAGGGCUCCUGGGCCUGCUGCUGGCACAACUUCGGAAGCAAGCCAAGAUCAUGAGGAAGUCAGGAAACAAACUGUCCACUCCUGGUGUUCAGGAUCCAGAAAGAGAACUCACAUGUGUGAUGCUGAAGACUGUAGUCACACUUCUGAAAGGCUCGGUGAGGAAUGCAGUUGUCCUGAAGGACCACGGCAUGGUGCCCUUCAUCAAGAUCUUCCUGGACGAGGAGUGCUACCGGGAGGCCUCGCUCAGCAUCUUGGAGCAGCUCUCAGCCAUCAACGCCGAGGAGUACAUGAGCAUCAUUGUGGGUGCUCUGUGCUCAUCCACUCAGGGGGAGCUGCAGCUGAAACUGGAUCUCCUGAAGUCUCUGCUCCGGAUCCUGGAGACCCCCAAGGGCCGUGCUGCCUUCAGAGUCUCCAGCGGGUUCAACGGGCUGCUCUCUCUGCUCUCUGACCUGGAAGGCUCCCUCCAGGAGCCCCCGCUGCAGGCAUGGGGAAUAGUGUCCCCCAGACAGACCCUGGAGCUGGUUUUGUACACUCUUUGUGCUGUGUCCGCAGCGCUGCACUGGGACCCUGUCAACGACGACUUCUUCAGGAGGAAUGGGCUCUUUGAGAAGCUGGCUGAGGACCUCUGCCUGCUGGGCUGUUUUGGAGCCCUGGAGGAAGAGAGCGCCCUGCUGCGCUCUUGGGCGGACACAAAGGCCAGGCCAUUUGCAGAUUUGCUGGGCACUGCCUUUUCCUCCAGUGGCUCACUCCCACCCCGGAUACAGAGCUGCCUCCAGAUCCUUGGCUUUCUGGACAGCAUGGCCAGCGGCACCCUCCACUUGCGUGGGGACCUGAAGGAGUCCCUGAGGGCCAAGCAGGGGCCGGUUGUGGACUCUCAGAAGGGAGAAGCUGGCAGUGACCCCCAACGCAACUUCAAGCAGUGGCCAGACCUGGAGGAGAGGAUGGAGGAGGGGGAUGCUGCAAUCAUGCAUCCCGGGGUCGUGUGCAUCAUGGUGAGGCUGCUGCCUCGGUUGUACCACGAAGAUCACCCACAGCUUUCCGAGGAGAUCCAGUGCUCCCUGGCCAGUCACAUCCAGUCCCUGGUGAAGUCAGAGAAGAACCGCCAGGUCAUGUGUGAGGCGGGCAUGCUCGGGACCCUUAUGGCCUCCUGCCACAGGGCCCUGGCCACCAGCGGCAGCCCCCUCCACUCACGCCUCAUCAGGAUCUUUGAGAAGCUCGCUUCCCAGGCCAUUGAACCGGAUGUGCUAAGACAGUUUCUAGGUCUUGGAAUUCCCUCACCUCUGUCGGCCACAACGAAACUCCUUGAUUCAUCUCAUGCACACAGAGGCAACCCUGGGUGCUCAGGGUCACAGACUACACAGGGCUUGGCUGAGGGGCCCUGGCAAGCCGCCCCAGAUGCUGGCCUGCACCCUGGAGUCACCCAGGCCCUGCAGCCCUUGGGGAAAUCCCAGGAUUCAACUACUGCCCUUCAGACGGCGCUGAGCCUCAUCUCCAUGACUUCCCCACGCAACCUGCAGCCUCAGAGGGCAGCCCUGGCCCCAUCGUUUGUGGAAUUUGACAUGUCCGUGGAAGGUUAUGGCUGUUUGUUUAUUCCGACCCUGUCUACAGUUAUGGGAACCAGCACUGAGUACUCUGUCUCUGGAGGAAUUGGGACAGGUGCCACCAGACCAUUCCCUCCUCCUGGAGGCCUGACCUUCUCCUGUUGGUUCCUGAUCAGCCGGCACGGAGCUGCCACUGAGAGCCACCCGCUGCGCUUCCUGACACUGGUGCGCCACCUGGCCAGGACCGAGCAGCCCUUUGUUUGCUUCUCUGUCAGUCUCUGCCCAGACGACCUCUCCUUGGUUGUUUCUACAGAAGAGAAGGAGUUUCAGCCUCUGGAUGUCAUGGAACCUGAGGAUGACUCUGAGCCUUCUGCAGGACGCCAGCUUCAGGUCAGGUGUGGCCAGCUCCUGGCUUGCGGUCAGUGGCAUCACUUGGCUGUGGUUGUCACCAAGGAAAUGAAAAGACAUUGUACAGUUUCCACCUAUCUGGAUGGACAGGUCAUUGGCUCCGCCAAGAUGUUAUACAUCCAGGCUCUACCAGGGCCUUUCCUUUCUAUGGAUCCAUCCGCGUUUGUGGAUGUUUAUGGAUAUAUUGCUACCCCUCAAGUUUGGAAACAAAAAUCUUCAUUAAUCUGGCGUCUUGGCCCCACAUACCUCUUUGAAGAAGCCAUUUCAGUGGAAACUCUGGAAGUUAUUAACAAACUUGGCCCAAGAUAUUGUGGCAACUUCCAAGCUGUGCAUGUCCCAGGGGAGGACCUGGACAGUGAAGCCACACCCCUUGUUGCAGAAGAAAGAGUUUCUUUUGGACUUCACAUAGCCAGCUCCUCUAUCACCAGUGUAGUGGACAUCAGAAAUGCUUACAAUGAGGUGGACAGCCGUCUGAUCGCCAGAGAAAUGAACAUUUCAUCCCGUGACAAUGCCAUGCCCAUUUUCUUGCUGAGGAAUUGUGCUGGCCACCUGUCCGGGUCUCUGCGGACCAUUGGAGCUGUUGCUGUGGGUCAAUUAGGGGUGAGGGUGUUCCACUCCAGCCCUGCUGCCAGCAGCCUGGACUUCAUUGGCGGGCCUGCCAUCCUCCUGGGCCUCAUCUCCUUAGCGACAGAUGAUCAUACCAUGUAUGCGGCUGUGAAAGUUCUGCACUCAGUCCUGACCAGUAAUGCCAUGUGUGACUUCCUGAUGCAACACAUCUGUGGGUACCAGAUAAUGGCAUUCCUCCUGAGGAAGAAAGCCUCUCUCCUGAACCAUCGAAUUUUUCAGCUGAUCCUCUCAGUGGCUGGCACUGUGGAGCUGGGCUUCAGGUCAUCUGCUAUCACCAACACUGGUGUCUUCCAGCACAUCCUCUGCAAUUUCGAGCUUUGGAUGAAUACUGCAGACAAUCUGGAGCUCAGCCUCUUUUCCCAUCUUUUGGAAAUCCUUCAAUCACCAAGGGAAGGACCCAGGAAUGCUGAAGCUGCCCACCAGGCACAGCUUAUACCCAAGCUUGUCUUCCUAUUCAAUGAACCAAGCCUCAUCCCCUCCAAGAUCCCCACCAUCAUUGGCAUCCUGGCCUGUCAGCUAAGGGGCCACUUCAGCACCCAGGACUUGCUCAGGAUUGGGCUGUUCGUUGUGUAUACCCUCAAGCCUUCGUCAGUGAAUGAGAGGCAGAUCUGCGUUGACGGAGCCCUGGACCCUUCCCUGCCUGCUGGAAGCCAAACAUCUGGAAAGACAAUCUGGCUCAGAAACCAGUUGCUGGAAAUGCUGCUCAGUGUAAUAUCUUCCCCCCAACUUCAUCUGCCCUCUGAGUCAAAGGAAGAGAUGUUUCUGAAACUGGGGCCCGACUGGUUCCUGCUGCUUCUCCAGGGCCACCUGCAUGCCAGCACCACUGUGCUGGCAUUGAAGCUGCUGCUGCACUUUCUGGCAAGCCCCUCCCUCCGCACACGGUUUAGAGAUGGCCUGUGUGCAGGAUCCUGGGUAGAACACAGCACUGAGGGCGUGGACAUUGUAAUGGACAACCUGAAGAGCCACCCGCUACUGCCUGAGCAGAGCCCGUGCCUGCUUCCUGGGUUCCGUGUCCUGAAUGACUUUCUGGCCCACCACGUCCACAUUCCAGAGGUCUACCUCAUCGUGUCCACCUUCUUCUUGCAGACGCCACUCACAGAGCUGACGGACGGGCCCAAAGACAGCCUUGAUGCCAUGCUUCAGUGGCUCCUGCAGAGGCACCACCAGGAAGAAGUCCUCCAGGCUGGGCUGUGCACAGAAGGUGCCUUGCUGCUCCUGGAAAUGCUGAAAGCCACCAUGAGCCAGCCCCUGGCAGGUUCUGAGGAUGGUGCCUGGGCACAGACGUUCCCAACCAGCGUGCUGCAGUUCCUCAGCCUCGUGCACCGCACCUACCCCCAGGACUCGGCGUGGCGAGCCCCGGAGUUCCUCCAGACCUUGGCCAUAGCCACCUUCCCCCUGGGAGCCCAAAAGGGGGCUGGGACUGAGUCCACCCGGAACACCAGCAGUCCUGAGGCUGCAGCUGAAGGCGACAGCACAGUGGAGGGUCUCCAGGCUCCCACCGAGACACAUCCCGCCCGGAGGCAGCUAAGGGAGUUCACGCAGCUCCUCUUGAGGGAGCUUCUGCUUGGAGCCCCCAGCCCCAAGCAGUGGCUGCCCCUGGAGGUGCUCUUGGAGGCUUCUCCAGACCACGCCACCAGCCAACAGAAGCGAGACUUCCAGUCCAAGAUCCUGCUUUCUGCUAUGGAAAUAUUCCACAUGACAAGUAGAGGUGACGCAGCGAUGCUCAGAGACAGCAAAGAGCCUCAGCCAAGUGCAGAAGCUGCUGCUGCCCCUUCACUUGCCAACAUCUCCUGCUUCACCCAGAAGCUGGUGGAGAAGCUGUACAGCGGGAUGUUCUCAGCAGACCCCAGGCAUAUCCUCCUCUUCAUCCUGGAGCACAUCAUGGUGGUCAUUGAGACUGCCUCUUCUCAAAGGGACACUGUCCUCAGCACUUUAUACAGCAGUUUAAAUAAAGUCAUUCUUUAUUGCCUAUCCAAGCCCCAGCAGUCCCUCUCUGAAUGCCUCAGCCUUCUCAGCAUCCUGGGCUUUCUGCAGGAGCACUGGGAUGUUGUCUUGGCCACCUACAAUUCCAACGUCAGCUUCCUCCUGUGUCUCAUGCAUUGCCUUUUGCUACUCAAUGAGAGAAGUUACCCAGAAGGAUUUGGAUUGGAGCCCAAGCCUAGAAUGUCUACUUAUCAUCAAGUCUUCCUUUCCCCAAAUGAAGAUGUGAAAGAAAAAAAAGAAGAUUUGCCAAGUUUGAGUGAUGUCCAACACAACAUCCAGAAGACAGUGCAGACUCUCUGGCAGCAGCUGGUGGCACAGAGGCAGCAGACCCUGGAGGAUGCCUUCAAGAUUGAUCUAUCUGUGAAAUCUGGAGAGAGGGAAGUGAAGAUUGAAGAGGUCACACCGCUCUGGGAGGAGACGAUGCUCAAGGCCUGGCAGCAUUACUUAGCAUCUGAGAAGAAGUCACUGGCAAGUCGUUCAAAUGUUGCACACCACAGCAAAGUCACUUUGUGGAGCGGAAGCCUGUACUCAGCCAUGAAGCUGAUGCCCGGGCGGCAGGCCAAGGACCCUGAGUGCAAGACAGAGGAUUUUGUGUCAUGUAUAGAGAACUACAGAAGAAGAGGACAAGAGCUAUAUGCAUCUUUAUACAAAGACCAUGUGCAAGUAAGAAAUCAGACAGAAAGCCAAGACAAAAAUAUUUCUCAAACAAAUGCUGAAAACCAAGAUGAACUGACACCGAGGGAGGCUGAGGGCGAGCCUGAUGAGGUGGGGGUGGACUGCACCCAGCUGACCUUCUUCCCAGCCUUACACGAAAGUCUGCACUCAGAAGACUUCUUGGAACUGUGUCGGGAAAGACAAAUUAUUUUACAAGAGCUUCUUGAUAAAGAAAAGGUGACGCAGAAGUUCUCCCUGGUUAUUGUGCAGGGCCACCUGGUGUCAGAAGGGGUCCUGCUCUUUGGCCACCAACACUUCUACAUCUGCGAGAACUUCACACUGUCUCCCACGGGUGAUGUCUAUUGUACCCGUCACUGCUUAUCCAACAUCAGCGAUCCGUUCAUUUUCAACCUGUGCAGCAAAGACAGGUCCACUGACCAUUACUCGUGCCAGCGCCACAGCUACGCUGACAUGCGGGAGCUACGGCAGGCUCGCUUCCUCCUGCAGGACAUGGCCCUGGAGAUCUUCUUCCACAAUGGAUAUUCCAAGUUUCUUGUAUUCUACAACAGUGAUCGGAGUAAGGCCUUUAAAAGCUUCUGCUCUUUCCAACCCAGCCUGAAGGGGAAAGCCGCCUCGGAGGACCCCCUCAAUCUAAGGAGAUACCCCGGCUCCGACAGGACGAUGCUGCAGAAGUGGCAGAAAAGGGACAUCAGCAAUUUUGAGUAUCUCAUGUACCUCAACACCGCGGCUGGGAGAACCUGCAAUGACUACAUGCAGUACCCAGUGUUCCCUUGGGUCCUCGCAGACUACACCUCAGAGAUAUUGAACUUGGCGAAUUCGAAGACUUUCCGGGAUCUUUCAAAGCCCAUGGGGGCUCAGACCAAGGAAAGGAAGCUGAAAUUUAUCCAGAGGUUUAAAGAAGUUGAGAAAACUGAAGGAGACAUGACCGUCCAGUGCCACUACUACACACACUACUCCUCGGCCAUCAUCGUGGCCUCCUACCUGGUCCGGAUGCCACCCUUCACCCAGGCCUUCUGUGCUCUGCAGGGUGGAGGCUUCGACGUGGCAGACAGAAUGUUCCACAGUGUGAAGAGCACAUGGGAGUCGGCCUCCAGAGAGAACAUGAGUGACGUCAGGGAGCUGACCCCAGAGUUCUUCUACCUGCCUGAGUUCUUAACCAACUGCAAUGGGGUGGAGUUCGGCUGCAUGCAGGACGGGACUGCGCUAGGAGACGUGCAGCUCCCUCCCUGGGCUGAUGGGGACCCUCGGAAAUUCAUCAGCCUGCACAGACAGGCCCUGGAAAGUGACUUUGUCAGUGCCAACCUCCAUCAUUGGAUAGACCUUAUUUUCGGGUACAAGCAGCAGGGUCCAGCCGCAGUGGACGCUGUUAAUAUCUUCCACCCCUAUUUCUACGGUGACAGAGUGGACCUCAGCAGCAUCACUGACCCCCUCAUCAAGAGCACCAUCCUGGGGUUUGUCAGCAACUUUGGACAGGUGCCCAAACAGCUCUUUACCAAACCCCACCCAGCCAGGACUGCAGCAGGGAAGGCUCUGCCUGGAAAGGAUGUCUCUACCCCCGUGAGCCUGCCUGGCCACCCACAGCCCUUUUUCUACAGCCUGCAGUCGCUGAGGCCCUCCCAGGUCACGGUCAAAGAUAUGUACCUCUUUUCUCUAGGCUCAGAGUCCCCCAAAGGGGCCAUCGGCCACAUUGUCCCUACUGAGAAGACCAUUCUAGCUGUAGAGAGGAACAAAUUGCUGCUGCCUCCUCUCUGGAACAGGACCUUCAGCUGGGGCUUUGAUGACUUCAGCUGCUGCCUGGGGAGCUAUGGCUCCGACAAGAUCCUGAUGACAUUCGAGAACCUGGCUGCUUGGGGCCGCUGUCUGUGCGCCGUGUGCCCGUCCCCAACAAUGAUCGUCACCUCUGGGACCAGCACCGUGGUGUGUGUGUGGGAACUCAGCAUGACCAAAGGCCGCCCGAGGGGCUUGCGCCUCCGGCAGGCCUUGUAUGGACACACACAGGCUGUCACAUGCCUGGCAGCAUCAGUCACCUUCAGCCUCCUGGUGAGCGGCUCCCAGGACUGCACCUGUAUCCUGUGGGACCUGGACCACCUCACCCAUGUGACCCGCCUGCCCAUGCAUCGGGAGGGCAUCUCAGCCGUCGCCAUCAGCGAUGUCUCGGGCACCAUUGUCUCCUGUGCGGGAGCACACUUGUCCCUGUGGAAUGUCAAUGGACAGCCCCUGGCCAGCAUCACCACAGCCUGGGGCCCAGAAGGAGCCAUAACCUGCUGCUGCCUGAUAGAGGGCCCAGCUUGGGACACAAGCCAGAUCAUCAUCACCGGGAGUCAAGACGGCAUGGUCCGGGUUUGGAAGACUGAGGAUGUGAAGAUGUCUGUUCCUGGACGGCCAGCAGGAGAGGAGCCCUCGGCUCAGCCUCCAAGCCCAAGAGGCCACAAGUGGGAGAAGAACCUGGCCUUGAGUCGAGAGCUGGACGUCAGCAUUGCUUUGACAGGGAAGCCCAGCAAAACCAGCCCCGCGGUGACGGCUCUGGCCGUGUCCAGAAACCAGACUAAACUCCUGGUUGGUGAUGAGAAGGGGAGAAUAUUCUGCUGGUCUGCAGAUGGAUAGGAAGAGAGAGGCAGCAGAGGCUCUGGCACUGCAGUGCCAGGCUGAGGGCGGCAGAGGUGACUGGGACCUGAGCUCUGCCUACAGAGGAAACCCCCAGGGCCUCCCUCACCACAACUCUCAAGGAAGGGCCUCUGCUUCAGAGCUCUACACCCCAACCUUCUCCAUGACCCAUGGGAAUUCUAUGAAAAAGAUGAGUGCACACACUCGGAGGGCUGAGCAGCACUCUGGAAACUAUGACUUGGUGAUGCCCAGUUGCACACGAAAUUACAGAUGACUCACCUUAUUAAGGGCUAUUGCACUGAAAAAAAAAAAAAAGAUGGGAUUGCUUACUGGAAAUUAUUGUAUUGUCUUUAUUUUAUUAAAGCAACUAUGUUCUAAAUGCA